GAUUUGGCCAAUAUUGAUCCAAUGUACCAAUAUUCUUUGGCAUGGUUUAUUAAUUUAUUUUCAAAUGCUAUUGAUAACACAGAAAAAUUUGAUGAAGUCCCUCAGUGGAUAGAAGGUCUUAAAUCAUAUUUUACAUACUCGUUGUACUGCAAUAUUUGCAGAAGUUUAUUUGAAAAGGACAAGCUGCUUUUCUCUCUACUACUUACAGUAAAUCUAAUGAAGAGUCGCAAUGAAAUAAAAUUAGAUGAGUGGAUGUUUCUGUUGACUGGAGGAGUGGGUCUUGACAACCCACAUAAAAAUCCUACAAAUUGGUUGGUUCCAAAGAACUGGGAUGAGCUGUGUAGACUUGACGAACUAGCUAUGUUUAAGGGGAUUCGUGAACAUUUUACCGCCAAUGUAGGAAAAUGGAGAGAAAUGUUUGAUAGUCCUGAUCCACAUCUAGUUCCCUUCCCUGGAGAAUGGGAAAAAAAGGUGCCUCCUUUCUCCAGGCUUCUGGUCUUGCGUUGCAUUCGUUCCGACAAAGUAGUUGCAGGUGUUGCUUGCUUUGUUGAAGGACAGAUGGGCAAGAAAUAUAUAGAACCACCGCCAUUUGAUCUUACCUCCUCGUUCGCCGAUUCUUACUCUGCCAUUCCACUAAUUUUUAUUCUAACUCCUGGAGCCGAUCCUACAGCAUUAUUACUCAAAUUUGCUGACGAUCAGGGUUUUGGAGCCAAUCGAUUGUUUUCCCUUUCUUUAGGGCAAGGACAAGGACCUAUUGCUCAAAAAUUAGUUCAAGAGGGCGUGAAAGGCGGGACAUGGGUUGUAUUACAGAAUUGUCACUUGGCAAAAAGUUUUAUGCCUGCGUUAGAAAGGAUGUGCGAAGGAUUUACGCCUGAAAACACACAUCCGGAUUUUCGUUUGUGGUUGACUUCAUACCCUUCUUCGUUCUUCCCAGUCACGGUUCUCCAAAACGGAGUAAAAAUGGUGAAUGAACCUCCGAAAGGUCUCAGAGCCAACAUCCUGAGGUCAUAUUUAAGUGAUCCUAUUUGCGAUCCUGGGUUCUUUGAGGGAUGUAAGCAACCCAUAUUUUUUAAGAAGCUACUCUUUGCACUGGCAUUUUUUCAUGGUUUAAUUCAAGAAAGGCGAAAAUUUGGACCUAUUGGUUGGAAUAUACCAUACGAAUUUAACGAAACUGAUUUACGAAUAAGUACUCAGCAAUUACAGAUGUUUCUUAAUGAUUAUCCCAACGAGGUGCAGUUCGAUGCUCUACGCUAUUUAACUGGUGAGUGCAACUAUGGCGGACGAGUGACAGAUGACUGGGAUCGUCGAACGUUGAUAACUAUCCUCAAUAAGUUUUACUGUGAAGAUCUUGUCAAUCUGAAAUUUUAUCCAUUUGAUCCCACAGGGACUUACUAUGCUUAUUAUGGGAAAGAGCAUGAAAAUUAUCUUGACUUUAUUCGCUCUAUGUCUCUUGUAACACAUCCAGAGGUAUUUGGGAUGAAUGAAAAUGCUGAUAUAAUGAAAGACCAACAAGAAACUGACUUACUAUUUAACAGUGUCUUGCUGACACAGGGUAAAGCACAAACUGAGGAAGGUGGUAAAACUCCUGAUGAAACAGUAUUGCAAGUCUCUGAAGACAUUCUUAUAAAACUACCAAAGAAUUAUAACUUGGAUGAUGCUGCAAGAAAAUAUCCCACUCGAUAUGAACAGUCUAUGAAUACUGUUCUUCUUCAAGAAAUGGGUCGAUUUAACAACCUCCUAUCAUGUAUUCGAAUAAGCUUAAUCAAUGUUCAGCUGGCAAUAAGAGGGAAGAUUGUAAUGUCCUUUGAACUUGAUGAAGUCUUUUCAAGCAUUUUAACAGGAAGAAUUCCAGCUCUAUGGAUGGGAAAGUCGUAUCCAUCUCUCAAACCAUUAGGAAGUUAUGUAUUUGAUUUCUUGGAAAGAUUAAAGUUCCUUCAGAAAUGGUUUGAAGAUGGGGCACCUAACAUAUUUUGGAUAUCAGGAUUUUAUUUCACUCAAGCAUUUCUCACUGGUGCGCAACAAAAUUUUGCCCGAAAAUAUAAAAUACCUAUAGAUCUACUAACAUUUGAGUAUAAGAUAAUGCAAGAAACAUCAUAUGCCAAGCCUCCUAUAGAUGGUGUAUACGUUAAUGGGCUUUUUCUGGAGGGUGCUCGCUGGAAUCAUGAUAUACAUUACCUUGAUGAAGCCUUACCAAAAGUGCUUUUCAGCAUUGUACCCAUUAUAUGGUUCAUUCCACUUACAAAAGAAAAACUAGUUGUAGAGGGUAAUUACUUAUGCCCUGUCUACAAGACAUCGGAACGCCGUGGUGUCUUAUCUACAACAGGACAUUCUACCAACUUUGUCGUAGCUGUUCUCUUACCAACUAAUGUUCCCGCAAAGCAUUGGAUAAUGCGUGGAGUUGGUAUUUUGUGUCAGUUAUCCCAAUAACAUCAAGG